GUAAGAUGUCUCGUUUAGAAGCUAAAAAGCCAUCUUUGUGUAAAAGUGAACCACUGACAAGUGAGAAAGUCAGGGCCACACUUUGUGUCUUGAAAGGAAUCCUGACAUCGAGCUAUGGCCCUUCGGGGAGGCUGAAGCAGGUGCACAAUGGCCUUGGAGGCUGCGUGUGCACCACCUCACAGUCGUCAGCCCUGCUCUCUAACCUUCCCGUCACCCAUCCCAUUUUAAAGAUCCUGACAACAUCCACGAAGAAUCAUGUUUCGUGCUUCAGUGACUGUGGCUUAUUCACAGCCAUUCUUUGCUGCAAUCUGAUUGAAAAUGUUCAGAGAACAGGCUUGACACCCACCACUGUUAUUAAAUUAAACCAGCAUCUGUUGCGCCUCUGCACCAAUUACCUCAAGUCUGAGUCCUGUGGUUGUCGAAUUCCAGUUGACUUUAGCAGUCCUCAGACCCUCCUCUGUUUGGUGCGCAGUAUAGUAACAAGUAAGCCCGCCUGUAUGCUCACCAGAGAGGAAACAGACCAUAUCAGUGCUUUGGUUCUGAAAGCCUUUUUGCUCACAAUUCCAGAAAACACCAAAGACCGCCUCAUUUUAGGAAAGAGUAUAAUUGUGCCUUUAAAGGGUCACAGAGUUCUAGAUUCUACUGUAUUCCCUGGAAUACUUAUAGAAGUGUCAGAAGUUCAACUGAUGAAGAUCUUACCCAUCAAAAAAUCAAAUGCCUUCAAAGUGGCACUCUUUUGUGCUUCUUUAUCUGGAGAUCUCUCUGAUACUGGAGAAGGAACUAUGGUGGUCAGUUCCGGGGUCUCUCUUGAAAAUGCAGUCCUGGAGCAGUUGCUUAACCUAGGAAGGCAGCUAGUUAGUGAUCAUGUAGACCUUGUCAUGUGCCAAAAAGUUCUACACCCAUCUUUGAAACAGUUUCUCAGUAUGCACCAGGUAAUUGCCAUUGAUAGAGUUGGAGUGGCUCUGAUGGAACCCCUGAGUAAAGUGACAGGAACACAACCUAUUGGUUCCUUAGGCUCAAUAUCUCCUAGUAGUUACGGAAGUGUGAAAGAUUUGUGCCCAGCAAAAUUUGGCUUCAAACAUUUUCUUCAUCUAAUUCCUAAUGAAGCAACUAUCUGCAGCUUGCUGCUCUGCAACAGAAAUGACACUGCCUGGGAUGAGCUGAAGCUCACGUGUCAAACCGCACUGCACGUUUUGCAGUUAACAAUCAAGGAACCAUGUGUUUUGUUGGGAGGCGGCUGUACUGAAACUCAUUUGGCAGCAUAUAUCAGACACAAGACUUGUAACGAGCCAGAAAGCAUUCUCAGAGACGAUGGAUGUACUCAAACAGAACUUCAGCUGCUCACUGAAGCAUUCUGCCGUGCAUUAGAAUCUGUCGCUGGCUCUUUAGAACAUGAUGGAGGUGAAGUUCUUACCGACAUGAAGUAUGGACACUGUUGGUCCAGUCAGGCAGAGUCUCCCUCUGUUGUUAACUGGCCAGAUUGGCUUUCAAGGUGUGGCUGUGGGCUAUGCAAUAGCCAGGAAGAACUCCACUGGUCGUUCUUGAAGGCUAUUCAGCAUCCCAUCGCACCACAAACCUGCCUUCCACAUGAAGCUACAGGCUCAUCCAACAACCUGACCUUGGACUGUUUCACUGCUAAGCUUAGUGGCCUGCAGGUGGCUGUGGAGACAGCCAAUUUGAUUUUGGAUCUUUCAUAUGUCAUUGAGGAUAAAAACUGAUAGCACAGCAUGUUUAUAUUAUAGACAAACAAAAAAUCUAGUCAGGCGUCAGUUAAGAAAAAAAUAUCGAGUGUAUUUUUUUCUCUCCCCAUAUUCUGCUUAUCUGGAUAGAUUAUUCAUAAAAUUACAGAGAUACUUACAUAUGGGGAAAAGUAUGAUUCUUAAGUAGAAAUACCAUAAAAUCUAUGAAAAAUAUGAAGCAUUAUUAUUAAAGAUAUUAGAGUAUCUUAGGGUUUCCACAGAAUGCCACUGUAUGUUUUUAUGAAUUUUUAUUGUUAUUUUACCAUCACUCAAGAAUCUGCAGAAAUUUAAAAAUUUCCCAAUUUAUAAAAAAAAAAAUUACUAAUCUAUGCUCUGAUUUGGAUAUACUUAGUAUACUUUUUAGUAGUUAUUAAACAUGUUUAAAGUGUAAAAUUAGAUUCCAGAGUAUCACAAAGCACCUAAUAUAUAUUGCUCAAUCAAGAGAAGUGCUCAAACUACACAUCUAGUAAAAUUUCGAUGUUCUUUACCUGAGGCCCUAUCAUUCAAAGGUUAAGUAACUGAUUUCAAACCUGACCUACCUAUAAUUUUUAGUUUUUCUCACAGUUCUUCAUUUGUGUUAUUUUGAAGAAAUGUGUGAUUAGGAAAAAAAAUUACUUACAUAGUAACAAAGCAGAUAGAGAAAAGAAGUGGAAAAGUUAUUUCUCUAGUUCACUCAGUAGUGUAAAAAAGAAACCAAAACAGCUCUCAUAGUCAAAGUAGAGACACUGAUGUUUCAUCAAAGAAUGUAAUUUGAAUGUUAUGCAAAUGCAAUCAAUGUAUCGAUAAAUUGAAGAAGAAAUACAGAAUGCAGCUUGAGGAAUACAUAUGGGGCUAUAGCAGAUGCUGUAUUAAACCUUAGGAAAAUGUUUUGAAAAUUUUAGGAAAAUUAAAUGAUGUGUAAGAGUCUGUGAUCAGAUCUAUAGCCAUGAUAGAAGGAGAUAGAAUUUUUAAGCAAUUCCCUCCAAUAUUCUUGUAAUGCAAAAGAAUUUUGACCCAGAGCCAAAGAAAAAAAAUCCAAUACAAACUCACAAGGAAUGCAAUAUAUAUUGAAAACUCAGCUGCACUUCAUGCUUCAUAAAAUAACUGCUCUUAAACCUUACUUCUUUUAUUAUUAGAGUCAAAUAGAAGGGCAGUGUGGUAGGCAGCCUAUAAGAGGCCACCAGUGACUCCUCCCUUACUCCUGGUUUUCACACCCUUGCAUAAUCCCCUCCCUUCCCAAGGUUGUAGAGACUGGAUGUAGAGACGCCUCUGAGUCUCCAUUCCCCCCCUUGUGAACAGGAAUGUCUUACUGCAGUACUCCUAUGCCUGCUUUAUUAUUGUAUGUUGGGCGUGGUAGGCAGAUGACUUGUCCCAUUAGCUUCUUGGGUCUAUCAAUGGAGAGGAGGUCCAGAAGCUGCACUUAAAGAAAAGCCUCACCCACCCUGACUUGGUUCCAGUGAUAAGAUUCCUGACUCCAAGCUGACAUUGUAAUGCAAUGAGACUUCUGGGAAAAUGGGGAGUAUGGGAAUGUAUUUUGCAUGCUUAUGGGCAGCCUCUAAGAAGACUCCCUGAUCUCAUUUCCUGGUAAUGCAUCCUUAGGGUGUGCAUGGGACAUAAUGACUGGCUUUUAAUGUAUAUACAGCAGAAGUGGUGGGGUGUCACAUUGUAAAAAGAUGGUCUUCUCUGGAUCUCUCACUCACUCACCCUAAUGGGGACCACCUGCCAGGUUGGAAACCAACUAUCAAGAGGCCCACAUAGCAAGAGACUGAGAAAGACUUCCAGCCAACAGCCCACAAGGAACUAACUCCUACUGACAACCACAAGAGUGAUUUUAGAAGCAUAGCCUCUUUAGCUGAGCCUCAAAUGUAGCCCCCACCACUGCAGUCACUCAAGAAGCCCCAAAGCAGAGAACGUAGCUAAAUUACUCCCAGAUUGAUUCCUGACCCACAAAAUUUGAAAGAUAAUAAAUCUUUAAUCAAGUUUUGGAUGUAAUUUUUUAUGCAUCAAUAGACAUAAUAAAGGCAAGAACAAACGCUUAUUUAUAAUUACAUACUGAAAACUCGGUCACACAAUGGAAAAAAGCAUUCUUAAUACCAUGCCUCUGCAUUUCCAUCACCCCUCCAAACAUAAAGGCAGUGUUCUUUAUCAUACAUGUUCACUGUGGGGUUUUUACAUUCACAUACAAAAGCCUGUCACAUGGGUGGCUCAGCUGGUUAAGUAUCCGACUCUAGGACUCAGCUCAGGUCAUGACCUCACACUUGUGAGAGAGGCUCUGUGUUCAGUGUGGAGUCAGCUUCAGAUUCUCCCUCUCCCUAUCCUCCCUCACCCCAAUAAAUAAAUAAAAUCUUAAAAGAGAGAGAAAGAAAGAAAAGAAAAGAAAAUAGAUUGAUUAAGAAAGCAUGUCACAUGGAAGUAUAAUUCUCCUGGGUCUCUUUGGCUUUCUACUGCAUUUCCAAGUUACUCCACAAAGGGACACCACAGUCAAUCUCUCUAAUUGAUCUUAGAGGCUGAGUGUCUACUUCCCAUGACAGCCAUUAGCUCUGUCAUUUUUAGCUUUGCCAUAAAAUUCAGUUACAGACCUUGGUGAAACAUCAGUGCUCUCAUUUUUUAAUAUGUCAUAAAUCUGCUGAAAUACUCGCAUAAAGUCAUUUUCCAAAAUUGUGUACAAUCCUUAGUAGAAAAUACUGUAAGUGAUUUUUUAAAAACCUCACUUCCUUAAUUGUUCAACGAAAUCAUCAUUCAAACUCAGAUGGUAAAACAAGAGAUAAAAGUUCUUUUUUUUUUUUUUUAAGAUUUUAUUUAGAGAGAGCACGAGGGAGCAAGGUGAGGGGGAGAGGGAGAAUCCCAAGCAGACUCUUCACUGAGUGUCGAGCUGACACACAGCUGAAUCCCACGCCCCUGAGGCCAUCAACUGAGCUGAAAUCAAGAGUCAGAUGCUUAACCAACUACACCACCCAGGCACCCUGAGAUGAAAAUUCUUGAUGAAAAUAAUUUCAGAGGAACUCAUUUUGACAGAAAUAAAUGACAAGAAAAAAAAGCAACCAAGUUAAGCCUCGGGCACUGCUUCGUGACUUAAAAUAAAACUGAGGUCUAAAUGUUGCAUUACGAGGUUCCUCAGGAGACAGAACAGGAACCUGAUAGUUACAGAACAGGAAAGGGAGAGUAAUGCACAAGAGAAUGAAGUCAGUGACAGCUCCUCACUCUUAUGGUACUUACAGGACAGGCAACAUUCAAGUUUAUUGAGCCAUAAGUGUCCAACGUGGUUAGCAUCUUAUUAAUCAAAAGAGGUUAGGAUUUUGGCAGCAAAGAAAAAAUUGGAAAAGUAAAGCAAAUGAAAAGAGUCUUUUAAGUCAAAAUACUUAUUUGGUCUUAUAAACAUCCCAUUCCUUAAUUCUUCCAUUUGUACUAUAUUUUUAAAAUCUUUACAUUAUUAGUGUAAAUCAACCAUAACAGUGAAGUAUUUUACUCAAGAUACGUAAAUUAGUAUCUUUUAUUAUCCUUGUGUCCUUGAACUCACUCAGUUUGUAUAAUCAAAGCUAGUUAGGCAUUCACAUGAUAGUAGAGAAAACUUAAAUACCUCUGUAAGAUCCAUCAUAUCCUGUAUUCAUCACAAUGGUGAACAGUACUUUGGACAACUUUAAAGUAAUAUUGUUUACAGUCACAUAAACUAUGCAGGUUAUUAUGUAAGAGCAUCAUGUACAAAAAUCUCUUACAGGCCCUGUAUGCAGGCCUUGUCAGACAUCCAAUUAGUUAGCUUAUUCAUUCCUUUCUAAUAAUCUUAGGGGAAACAGCCAAGGAGACAAAAUAUCUCUUACGGGGUCCUAUUUCAGCUGUCUAAAUAAAUCUAUCUCUUAAUCUGGAGGAAAAGGCAAGUGUGAACCUCUGGUGUCUUUAUAAUAUUUUGUAUCAUGUAGUUAAAUGUUUCCACUUAACAGCUAUGGUAUCCCAUAGUCCUUGGAAAUUUUUGACCCUUACCUACAAAAGCUGAAUUUAAAUUUUAUCUAAACCCAAUGUAAGCCUGUAUCUUUAGAUUGCAAGAAAAUUUAUAUACUUCAUUAUUAAGGCUAUAGUAACACUCAGAAAACAGGCCGCAGCCCCCGAAAAUGCAGGUAUGUGCUAUGCCAUUACCUGCAAUAAAUUGUGACUUUAGAGGGAAAUGAAAUAACUUGAUAAUUUCCUAUUAAGAAAUCACACUGAGGGCACCUGGAAGGUUCAGUCAGCACAGGUCAUCAGGAUCCCGGGAUUGAGUCCUACAUCGGGCUCCCUGUUCAGUGGGGAGGAGAGUCUGCUUCUCCCACUCCUGCUCUCCCUGCUGGUGCUCUCUAUGUCUCUGUCUCUCUGUCAAAUAAAUAAAUAAAAAUCUUUAAAAAAAAAUCACACUGAGAAAAUAUUUAUAAUGAACAUCCUAUUUUAGCUCUGUUGCUUUUGUUUGACAUGUUAUACUUUCAUUUUGAGAAGUAUUAAUUAACCUCUUUUUGUUCGCCAGAUACAACAGUCGGUGGUGUUAGAGGUUUUAAAAAAAAAGAUUUGUUCACAGUCCCUGACCUCAUGGAGCUGAUCACCUAGCCCGUGAGAUAUUUUUUAAAUACUCUUUUUCUUUCUUAAAAAGCAAUUGCAUAAAAUUAUUUCAUAAUCAUUCAAAUUAUUCAUAAACAUUAUGUGGUAAUAGAAAAUUAGGAAAGUAUGCAAGACACACACACACAAGGAAAAUAAAAUCCAAUGUCAUCCCACUACCCAGAAAUAACCACUGUUUACAUUUCCUGUGCAUCUUUUCAGUUUGUUUCAUAUAUAUACUUUUCCAAAAUGUGAUCAUGUAGUAUGUUAUUUUAUAAUGUUCCUUUUACCUAGUACGAUGUACGAACAUCAUAAACAGGUACAAUCACUACAUAUCCUCUUAUUACAGCAUUUUUAAUUUCUUUUUUUUUUUUUAAAGAUUUUAUUUGUUUAUUUGACAGACAGAGAUCACAAGUAGGCAGAGAGGCAGGCAGAGGAGGAGGAAGCAGGCUCCCCGCUGAGCAGAGAGCCCGAUGCGGGACUCGAUCCCAGGACCCUGAGAUCAUGACCUGAGCCGAAGGCAGUGGCUUAACCCACUGAGCCACCCAGGUGCCCGCAUUUUUAAUUUCUAAGAAAAUUUCUAUUGUAGAGAUUCUACCAUAAUUUAGUCAAUGAGCUUUUAUUUGUAUACUUUCAGGCUGUUUUAAUUUUUGUACCAGUAUAAGCAAAACCUCAGUGAACAUCUUGUAUAUAUCCUUUUCCCAUAUUCUGAUUAUUUUCUCAAGAUAAAUAAACAGAAUUAAGAUUU